AUGUGGAUCUAUGAUCACGAAAACACCGGCCAAUACAGACCCCUCGGAACACUCGACUACUUUUAUGUCUUCUUGAAAUCAGCCAUCACGUUUUGCAUUGUUUCCGGAAUCGUGCCCCCUACAUGGCCCAGGUCCGCCAGAUAUGCGUUGAUAGGUGGACUGCACAAGGCCCUGAUCAGCUGGAUGAACGGCGAUAACCCCUUCACUGGUUUCUGUGGUGGCCUGAUGGGUGUCGCCUGGCUGGCUGGAGUCAUUGAUGUCUUUCGAGGCCUGAUUCUCAUUGCGAGCACUGAGCUCAAGUUGCCUCUUAUUCAAGUGGACGCAGAGGAGUGA